AAUUACAAGAAAACGGAAAACGGAAUAUUUCGCAACAUAGCGAAAUUCCAUCAUAGUCUUUUUCAACACGUACAAUGAAUGGGAGAUACGGAUUUAUUAUAGUGAUAAUCGUCAGUAUAUUUGUUUUAUUCCUAUCCAGUGUUGUUUACUGGAUCUGGAAAGACCAAAUCGCUGAGAAAUUUGGCGGCGAAGAUUCGGUUGCAUCUAAGAUAAAGAACGGGCUCUACAAUGUGAAGGUAAACCAUCUCGAUGCUUCAAUAGUAGAACAACAGCUUAACCAGUUUACGAAAUGGGAGGAGGGCUCCGAAGUAACACAUGCGAGAAGAAUUCCGAUGGCGAAAUUACAAGAUUUCCUCGAUCAUCUUUUGAAAACUUAUGGAGAUAGUGGCAUCACAGAGGCAGACAGGAAUAAAUGGAACGGAGUACAUUUUGCAGAGGAAUGGACGUCCAAAAUUAUUGAGUGGAAAUUUAAUGCUGACACUGCAGAUUCAACCGGUGUUCAGGGAGCACGAUUUGGGAUCGUAGGAUUCGCGAAAUCAGCAGAUGGAGAAUACGUCGAUUGUAUGUUAGCAAUUUACAAACUGGACUUUCGUUUGGCGCCACAAAUAGUAAUGAAGGACAACUCCAUUCUUUGGGGAUUGUACGUCUGGUCAACAUACCAAAAGAUUGAAAUUGAUAGAAGCAUCAGUCGGGAGGAAAUUGCUAAAUUCCAGAAUUUUUUCCGAUAUAAAGCACUGAAUGAAUUUAAAAAGGAAGGGGUCAUUGAUCGAAUUUCUUAUACAGAUCGACUGGAAUACAAACCAAACAAAAACUGAAUUAUAUAUAUGCAACAGA